UAAAAUAAAAACAGAGAAUGACACUUUCACUUUAUUGUAUCACCAGUAUUCAUAUGAUAUAGUACAGUGAACACAUGACUAAAGCCUUCACAAAUACAACAACACAAGCUAAAAAAGAAGCUAAAGGCAAAAUCACCCAUAAUCCUUCUCCUCCAGCACCACCUAGUACGACAAAUUGUUUUUCUAUUCAGCUAUAGGAGCUAAUAGCUUCAGCAUUUAGUAAUAAUCAAUCAAUUUUCUGCCGCAGAAAUCACUGUGUUGUCCUCUGUGUUAAAGAAGAGAACAGAAGAGAAGAAGUGUAGCUGGAGCUCUAGCUAAGCUUUAUUUUUUUUGGCAUUCCAAGGACUUGAGAGAGUAAAGAAAACGACCCAGUUGAAGAUUUUUUUCAGAUCUCUUGCUUAACUGAGUUUUCUUCUGGGGAUGUACUUGUGAUGAUACAUAUAGUAUUUGAAGAUGGAAAGGAUACCUGAAGUUAGAGAGUCAACUAGGCAGUUCCCUAUAGGGGCUAAGGUGGCACAUACUUUCUCUACCUCCAAGAAGGAGGUCGGUAUUAGAGGCUUUCGAGAUUUUGACUUGGCUGUUCCAAUAGAAACAUGGAAAGGAAAGACCUCCUAUCAGGAGGAAGAAGACCUCAUGGUCGAUGCUGGUACAAUAAAGCGUAGUGAUGAUUCACUUGAAGAUAGUGGCUCUACAUCAUUUCAUGGGGCGAGUCAUCCUCCGGAACCUGUUGAUACAGACCUAAUGAGACCAGUGUAUGUACCAAUUGGUCAGAAGAAAGGAGAUGGGAAAUGUCUGGUGAAAAACAUAUCUUUGAAGGGUCCUUUCUUGGACGAUCUUUCAAUCCGGAUGCCAAAUGUGAAACCAAGCCCAUCCCUUCUUUCACCGGCAGAGAGCUUGGUUGAAGAGCCAAAUGAUCUAGGUGUAAUCUCUUCUCCAUUUACAGUUCCUCGUCCUUCUCAAAACACAGAAACAAGUCUGCUUCCUGAUUCCGAAGAGAAAGAAUGUAUUUGGGAUGCAUCUCAGCCUCCAAGUGGAAAUGUAAGUCCACUUAGUAGCAUUGAUAGUACUGGUGUUGUGAGAUCUAUGAGUAUUGUCAACAGUUGCACAAGCACGUACAGGAGCGAUGGGCUUAUGAGUGAUGGCAUGCUUAGUGUGGACAGAAACUAUGAGAGCACGAAAGGGAGCAUUCGAGGGGAUUCACUCGAAAGUGGUAAAACUAGCCUUAGCAGAGCAAGUGACAGUAGUGGACUUAGUGAUGAUAGUAAUUGGAGUAACAUCACUGGCAGUGCCAAUAAGCCUCACAAAGGAAAUGAUCCUAGAUGGAAGGCUAUUCUCGCGAUUCGGGCACGUGAUGGUAUAUUAGGCAUGAGCCACUUUAAGUUACUCAAAAGACUUGGUUGUGGAGACAUUGGAAGUGUUUAUCUUUCUGAGCUUAGCGGGACUCGCUGCUAUUUUGCAAUGAAAGUGAUGGAUAAGGCAUCACUUGCAAGCAGGAAGAAAUUGACCCGUGCUCAGACAGAAAGAGAAAUCCUACAGUUAUUAGACCAUCCAUUCUUGCCAACAUUGUACACUCAUUUUGAGACCGAUCGCUUCUCCUGUUUGGUCAUGGAAUAUUGUCCUGGAGGAGAUCUGCAUACUCUACGACAGCGACAACCUGGGAAGCAUUUUUCAGAAUAUGCUGCAAGGUUUUAUGCAGCAGAAGUUCUAUUGGCACUUGAAUAUCUACAUAUGCUUGGUGUAGUGUACAGGGAUUUAAAACCUGAAAAUGUUCUUGUGCGUGACGAUGGCCACAUUAUGCUUUCAGAUUUUGACCUCUCCUUAAGAUGUGCAGUUUCACCUACGCUCAUAAGGACCUCAUCUGAUGAUCCUUCAAAACGAGGAGCUGCAUUUUGUGUGCAGCCAACCUGUAUUGAGCCCACAACUGUAUGCAUGCAACCAGCAUGCUUCCUUCCCCGUUUAUUUCCUCAAAAGAGCAAGAAAAAAACACCUAAGCCUCGAGCUGAUUCUGGGUUUCAAGCUAAUUCAAUGCCUGAGCUAGUUGCGGAACCUACUUCAGCACGGUCAAUGUCAUUUGUUGGGACUCAUGAAUAUUUGGCCCCCGAGAUUAUCAAGGGAGAAGGCCAUGGCAGUGCGGUUGACUGGUGGACAUUUGGUAUUUUUCUUCAUGAACUACUAUAUGGAAAGACCCCUUUCAAGGGAUCAGGAAACAGGGCAACUCUUUUCAAUGUAGUUGGCCAGCAGCUUAGAUUUCCAGAUUCUCCUGCAACCAGUUAUGCCAGCCGUGAUCUGAUACGUGGUUUGCUUGUUAAAGAGCCUCAAAACCGGCUUGGGGUGAAACGAGGAGCAACUGAGAUCAAGCAGCAUCCUUUCUUUGAAGGUGUUAAUUGGGCUCUGAUACGUUGCAGUACACCACCUGAAGUACCAAGACCCGUGGAGCCGGAGUACCCUGCAAAGUAUGGGCAAGUGAACCCUGUUGGGGUUGGCAAUACCAGUAAAAAAGUGGUAGGGGCAGAUGCAAAGUCUGGGGGUAAAUAUCUUGACUUUGAGUUCUUUUAGUUUUAGGAUAUAGGAUUCUUGUAUCAGUGCCAUUAGUUGAUCCUUCAGCAGUCAGCACUGCUUUCUUCUAGUUGUUAUCAUUUGUUCAAUUGAUGAACUUGCAAUACACAAGAACUGGGAAAAACUCACUGGCCAAUGGGGUUGUGUGAGAAAGGUGAAACAAAAUGCCUUGUUAUUUCCAUGUCUUAGGAGCUAGCCAAGACUAUAAUGAAGAAGCAGUUGGCAAUAUAAUACUCCCUCCGUACUUAUUUACAUGACACUCUUUAUAUUUAGUGUUUCCAAAUAAGGUACUAAUAGUACACAAAA